CAGAAGUGUUGUUGAUCAGAUGAGAGAGCACAAUGCAAACCCUAAAAGAGGGAUCUGUGCGCAGGUUGCCAAUGAUAUAGUUCGGAAAUACCCCCAAUGCUUUGGUGAUGUAGAUGGUGAUAAUAAUGUAGCUGCAGCUUCUCUUCUACAGCAACUCAAAACUAGAAUUGAGCAUUUAAAUAGAAAUAACACCAUGGCACGGCUCCGACAGAAAAGGCCCUCUAUUUCAGGAAUGAGGAGGCAGGAAAGAGGUCCCAUGGACCAGUAUGGAUGUGUGCGGUGGCAGCCCAAAGAACUUCCCGCUGGGGAGACAGAAGAAAGCUUGCAAGAAAUGAAAAGGCAAAUGCUGCAACUUUAUGCCCAAUUUGGAAUGGCAGGAGCAGAGAAAGGAGAGUUCCAGAGAUGGCAUGAAAAUACUUACAUGCUCCAGCGCUGCGAUCUCAAUGCUGAUCCUCCACUCAGCAUAUCCAAAAUCAAGGAUGACUGGCCAUUUCUGUUUUCCCUGAAGGGUCUGUUCUCUCACUUUAGUGAACUGACCGGUAUUUCCAUUCUGGAGAAGCUCCCAGCAGCCAUUGAGCAAAGAAGCAAGACUAUAAUCGAGUAUUUUGAACAACACAAGACAAAAGCUGUGAGUGAAGUCUUGGAUGCCUUUCAAGAAGUGAACGGCAGCAAGGCCAUCUGCAUUAUCCUAUGCCUACUUGCCCACUUUAAUGAGAAUGGCAUCUUUCUUAAAGCUGAUCCAUCUGCAAUAGCUGCUGAUAUCCAGGAAGAGACCCUACCCAGCACACCAUGCUUAAUUGUACAAGGUAUAUUCCUCCCUUAUUUUGUUAAGGAUUAUUACAGUGCUUAA